GUCUUAGAGGCUAGCUGUGCUGCAAAUGACCUUUAAUGUUGGCACCUGCGGAGCUAAGCUAUCAUCUCAAACUUGUGGCUCUGGGAGCGUCUGAGGUGCGGUCCAAACCGGGUUGCAGAUACAAAAUACAGUAAUUCCACCUGUGCGCUCCACCCUUUCAUGUCCCUGGGGUGUCAGAAGCCUCGCAAGCAGGGAGACUUCCUUUGUAGAGCGCUCCAGGGUUAAGAAUUCACCCAAAUUGACAUCUAUGGGGGCGCGGUGUGUGUGUGUGUGUGUGUGUGUGUGUGUGUGUGUGUGUGUGUGUGUGUGUGUGUGUGUGUGUGUGUUGGGGGGGAUACUCUGCCUCUGUCCUUCCACAGUAUAUGCAUCCACCUUUCUAUCUCCGGUCUUUCUGCGCCCUUAAGGCACUUCUGAGCCACUAAAUAGUCCAAGGGAGGGUCGAUCAGUCUUUCAGUCCCUUUAUGUGAUGCAGACUCUGGAGCUUGUGUGCAAAUGCCCACGGAGAGAAGUACUCGCUGCCAAGAGCUGGGAGGAGGGCAGAGAAAUGGAAGUAAACGCUGAAGGCAAGUAAAAUUGCCCGCUGACACAUCACCCAAGCUGCCCUGUCGUGUUCUUGUGUCACUUCAGGGUCCCCGCGAGUCUGUUCCUGCAACCCCAUUGCUUCAGAGCUUCCCUCCUCAGGAAUCCCCAUGCCUCUGUGCUCCAGGUCCAGACCCUCCCACGCUGACCUUCCAUUACUCUCUACUCCGUCUCUUUUUCUUUUUGUCUGGUUUUGCUUCCCUCGUUCUUUCUUUUACGCUGGGUGGCAGUUGGUAUAUGGAAAUCUUAGGAUGCUCAGUCCCUCCAGCAUAAGCAGCCAGCAACACAAACACACACCCCAAAGCUCUUCUGUACACACACGCAUUAGCGUUCCAGCGCCUGGUCACCUUUGGGCAUUCCCUCAGCAUCUGCAGCUUCUGUCAUCAUUGCUGAGGCUUCUGCCUCAGCCCAGCUGAAUGGAGAGAGGGAGCUGAUCCUACUCCCCGGAGAAACCUCAGGACAAUCAGGCAGACCUUGGGAAUUUGAGGUAGAAGUGCAGUGGAGAGACUGCUGGGGCAGUUCAAAGAGGUUUAAAUGUUUCUUUGGCCACUUGACUACUGAACACAAAAUGAAUAACUCAACAAACUCCUCGAACAAUGGCUUGGCUAUUACCAGUCCUUACAAGACAUUUGAAGUGGUAUUUAUUGUCCUUGUGGCUGGAUCCCUCAGUCUGGUGACCAUCAUUGGGAACAUUCUGGUCAUGGUUUCCAUUAAAGUCAACCGCCACCUUCAGACUGUCAACAAUUACUUCUUGUUCAGCCUGGCCUGUGCUGACCUCAUCAUAGGUGUUUUCUCCAUGAACUUGUAUACCCUCUACACUGUGAUUGGUUACUGGCCUUUGGGACCUGUAGUAUGUGACCUUUGGCUAGCAUUGGACUAUGUUGUCAGCAAUGCCUCCGUUAUGAAUCUCCUCAUCAUCAGCUUUGAUAGAUACUUCUGUGUCACGAAACCUCUGACCUACCCAGUUAAGCGGACCACAAAAAUGGCAGGCAUGAUGAUUGCAGCUGCGUGGGUCCUUUCCUUCAUCCUCUGGGCCCCAGCCAUUCUCUUCUGGCAGUUCAUCGUAGGGGUGAGGACUGUGGAGGAUGGGGAGUGCUAUAUUCAGUUCUUUUCCAAUGCGGCCGUCACCUUCGGCACUGCCAUUGCAGCUUUCUAUCUGCCUGUCAUCAUCAUGACUGUGCUCUAUUGGCAUAUAUCCCGGGCAAGCAAGAGUAGAAUAAAGAAGGAAAAGAAGGAACCUGUGGCCAACCAAGACCCAGUAUCUCCAAGUCUGGUGCAAGGAAGAAUUGUAAAGCCAAACAAUAACAAUAUGCCUGGUGGUGAUGGCGGCCUGGAACACAACAAGAUCCAGAAUGGCAAGGCUCCACGGGACGGCGUGACUGAAAACUGUGUUCAGGGGGAGGAGAAAGAGAGCUCCAAUGAUUCGACGUCAGUCAGUGCUGUGGCCUCCAAUAUGAGAGAUGAUGAGAUAACCCAGGAUGAAAACACAGUUUCCACUUCGCUGGGCCACUCCAGAGAUGACAACUCUAAGCAAACAUGCAUCAAAAUUGUCACCAAGGCCCAAAAGGGUGAUGUGUGCACCCCAACGAGUACCACUGUAGAACUAGUUGGGUCGUCGGGUCAGAAUGGGGAUGAAAAGCAGAACAUUGUAGCCCGCAAAAUCGUGAAGAUGACCAAGCAGCCUGCCAAAAAGAAGCCUCCACCAUCCCGGGAAAAGAAAGUGACCAGGACAAUCUUGGCUAUCCUGUUGGCUUUCAUCAUAACGUGGGCGCCAUACAAUGUCAUGGUGCUCAUCAAUACUUUCUGUGCACCCUGCAUCCCCAAUACAGUAUGGACAAUUGGCUACUGGCUCUGUUACAUCAAUAGCACCAUCAAUCCGGCCUGCUAUGCGCUUUGUAAUGCCACCUUCAAAAAGACUUUUAAGCACCUCCUCAUGUGUCAUUACAAGAACAUAGGCGCUACACGGUGAAAAGACCAUCAAAAGAAGAAAUGUGGUCGAGUGUGUCUUGGGGAAGAACAGAGACAAGAAAGCUGUGUUUAUAGUGACCUGCCAUUUCACUUUACAGUCUUACUGCAACAUGAAAGUAAGGAGUUUUAGAGAGACACUAUCAUUGUGCCCAUGCUCCAUUUUGGGAAAAAUAAAUUAAUAAACCUUCACCUUAUAAACCCUGUCAGUUUAGGAGCACCGAGAAAAUGAAAGAGGCAUGCUGAAACUGCAGAUCUAAGGAAAAAUCUCUACUGUCUCCUGCUCUCUUGAAGAAGGGCGUCAGAGUCUACAAUUUCAUGUCUCUGCACAAGAAGAAUAACCUAGUCUAUUUGUUGUUUCUUUCUGUUGUUCCCCUGUGUGGCGGUGAGAAAGAAAUGACACAUUCCAUGCUAACACAGAGACCUACAUGGAAAGAAGCAGGCACUGUACAAUGAGAGAGAAGAAGAAAGAAAAUCAAAUAGGAUGCAGAGAUGGUCUGCAGAGCAGCGAGCAUAUCCUCGGCUGUGCUGUGCUCUGAUCUGAAGGAUUUCAACACAACAACUGCUUAUUUCUUCUCUCUUCCCCUUUCCCGUCAUGGAAAGCAAGAAAGCAAAACAACAAAAGCCCAACUAGGCCAUACUAUUUUUUUCUACUAUUUUUGUAGUUUCUGGUUUUAUAUUAUAUAUGGAUAGUAUCUGCAGGACUUCUAAAUCUGGCCAGAGUCACCCAUGAAAAUGGACACUCUGCCACUCCCCACUGUGUUGUUGCAUUCUUUGAUGGUGUACAGACCUGUAAGGAUUUCAUUCACUUGAGUUCCUCUGUGUGGGAAAUUUUUACCCACCUGAUUUUCUUCUCAACAAACCCAUUUUAACAAUGUUGUCUGCCUAAGACAUAAAUACGCUUGGGAAACCAAAGUCAUUUAAACUUAAUUUUUAAUCACAUUAGAAAAUGGUCAGUCUAGUUGGAGAGAGUUCACCGAGGCCAGACGAAAUUUGAGAUGAGAAGACAGAAGGUCAGAAGAGCGAUCUGUUUGAACUUGAACCUGCCUGACCUAUGUGCACAAUGUUAACGUGUACAACAUGAACUCCUGACAUUGUCAGCAGGAAUAUGAUGUUGCUUUGCUCAUUUGAGUCUCAAUUAGUUCACUGUGACAUUACUAUCCAAUGUCUGUUAGCAGAUGGUACUCAAAUUAUACUCAAAUGAAGUUUUCUAUAAUCAUAUUAAGACACAGGGGUGGGGAAAUGGGUCAUGCAAAAAUAUUUACUAAUACUACCUGUUCCAUGUUCUUCCAGUUGUCUUCAAAUCUCUGUAAGAUUAUAUUGCUUCAAAAUUCUUUGUGGCUUCAACAUAGUGGAUAACCAAAAAGAGGCAAAAUAUGCCCACAGAACCUGAUGGAAGAGUACAUGUGAUUCUCGCCAUGCCAUUUCCCACAGACUAAUCUAACCACGAAUAGCUGUCACAGAAAGGAUUGUUAAACGGUAACACUAAACACAAAAGGUCAAUGUAGAAAAAUCCAUACUGGACACUCUAAAAUAAUGCGGAAUCAUACCAAUCUACAUUAACUAGUUAUUUUUGUCUUCACAUAAUUUCUUCUAUUAUACAUUACAGUAUUAUGGUCAGAUUUUUCCAAGUCUGGGCCUAAUGGAUAGAAAUUGAAGUUCUAAAUUCUUCUAUAAAGUUCAGAUAUUCGCUGAUGCACUUUGAUUCCCUCUCUGCCAUUCCACGAGUAUCACAAGGCAGGUUCGUCAGCGUAAAGUCCUAAGAGUUAUCAGAACCAUUUUGUCUGACUGCAUGGCAGUAACGUCUCAGCAAGUGGGCGAUAAAGGAUAGAACGGCAGCAACAGCAACAUUGUAAGCUAAAAAGAAACAAGUUGCUAAUAAUAUAUUUAACCUUUAUGAACAGAACUUAUUGUUUGAGCAAUUUCAGUCGGUUUUAACCUCAAAAACUCCUAUCUAUAAGACAUAGAAUCGGUUCAGAUUAGUUUAGUCUAUAAUUAGUUGACUGAGUUCCCUUAGUUCAGAAUUACUAAAAUGUAAAUUCACUUUAUGUUGUUUCUUCGAGUAAUUGAGUGGAGAAGACUUCGAUCCAAUGGAUUUCUUGGUUUCCUGUAUGGAAUGUUAACAAUCUGUGUUAUACACUAUUGAGAUGCAGACGUGGCUUCCUUUAGCCCAACACUUUGGAGGCCAGGAUUCAUUGUCUAUCUCUGUUUGCUUGAAGCCCAACCCACCACGAGCCAAUCUUUGUCUUGUUCUGUGUCUCAUAGUACUUUUUUCCUUGGUUCCUUCUGUGCCUGGUAAUUUGCCGCAGCGGCCACAACUUCAUUAAGAGAGAAACUGUCAAGUUCAAGAAGGAAAUGAAGGUGGUCUAACAUACCACAGAAAUUUUCUCAAAAGAAUCAGAAAAAAGGGAAGUACAUCGGCAUGUUUGGAAGGGGGAUGCCUUCAAAGAUCUUUCUUUACUGUUGCUGUCUUUGCCUUUUUUUUUUUUUUGACUCUCGAACAGAGGCAGUUUUUACCCUAAGGACACUUAGUGAUAGGUAGGGCCAUUUUGAUUGUCACAACUGGGAAUAGGCAUUUGUAUCUAAUAAGAAGGAGCUUUGAAAGCACAAGCUAUGCUCCGCCCCAAAAUGAUUUGACUCAAAAUGGCAAUGACACCAGGACUGAGAGAGACUAGUUUAUAUUUAGGGAUUUCCGUAGCUUUCCUUCUGAAUCCUCCAUCAUUUGAACAAACAAAUGAAAAAGAUUAAUGCAAUUUGCUUUCUGGUUAGAACAAAGCAAAGCUCACUCGUCAGCCAUCACAUAUUCUCCCGCACUAAUUAGGAGUUGAAACUCACUGAGAAGAGCACAGGCCACACCUGCGUAUGGAAACCAGCAGCUUUCACACACCUUGAGCACUGCAGCAUCUCAGUGCCUGGCUGUGGAAGCACAGCCCCUACUGGAGAGGCUGAAGCUUUGUCCAGGAACAUCACUGCUUCUAGUCUGAUCGGUUUCUACUGGAGACGUCACUUCUUUUCCUUUCCAACUAAUGAAGAGCCCUUUAAAGAAACGGUCUGACUCAUCUCCUUUGCUUUCACUAGAAAUGUCAGAAGCUGUCAAGCCUUUAUUGUUUUUCUCCUCAUAGCAAUAAUGUAAAUAUCCCAGAGUGGUAGGAUAAAAAGAGAAGAUGUAUGAAAAGACGAGCCAGCUCACUUCUAAAGAAAUGAUUGCCUCUUGACCAAGUCAUGAUUACCUUAAUGACAUACCCCAAGUGCUGGGACAGGGUCACCAGUAUAGUAUGCUACAAAGGGUAAGAAAAACCAUCUGGCUUAAUUUAUGGAAUCUUGAAUCAAUACCAUGUCCUUCUGCUUUCUGCCUACUCAAUGAUGUUUAAUCCUGAAGAGAUGAUGGCACGAGAGGAGAUUAAUGAUGUCAACAGUUAUUUAUCAAUGCAGCCAACUUUUAUUUUCUUCUAUUUAGUUCAUCGACCAUUGCCCCCCUCUUCAAUUUGAUAAUAUCUCAUCAACAACCGUAACACUGGCAUUGCAAAUAGAUUAGGAGGGCACCCACAGCUGGGUAAACCUGUGAGACAUGUAUUCUCAGCAUGUAUAUACAAUGCCAUGCCUCUCUGAUAGGCUUCUCUUUAAAAGGGUGCACGCUGUAGCAUGAACUCUGUGUAUAUUUAAUAUACCUUUCCAUGAUAUGCUGUAUGCUUCAUAUAUAUUAUAUUAUAUAAAUAAAAUAAAAUGUAUAAUAGAAAUACAUAUUUCUGUAUGCAAAUAAAUAUAUUAUACACAAAAUUGUGACAGGCACUCUGGCAUACAUGUUGUUUCAUAGGAAUAAGAGUAGACUUUAAUGUGCUCCAUUUUAAAAGAAAAUCAUACUUUGCAUUGAAGGAAAAGAUUUAAGAACAGCCAAACUCCUAUUCACAUUAAUAUUCAACUGAUUUAUCAUCUUUGAGUGUCUGGCACUGCUUUUAGAGAUCUCUUGGAGGAAUAAAUUAAUAAAUCUUGCUGGUAUCA